UCCCGAAUCUACGAGCACAUGGCUGGGAGGUAAAAACCAACCUAUACCUGCGAUCCUAAGAGGGGCGCGCAGCUAGCAGCCCAUGCUUUCUUGGCCAUCUCUAUGCCAUGCCGCAUGGGCAGCUCCAGAUCGAUGCCGGGCAGGAAAGAUGGAAGGGCAGCGUAGGAACGCGACGGAGGAGUAGCAUAAUGCUAAAAUGCUGGCUGGUCGCGACGCUCGCACAAGCGGCCAUCCUCGAGAUUUCAAUCGAUGGCGACACCCUAUAUCUGGAGGCCGAUGCGACGGACGUCGACGCAAAAGUCGCAUCGAUCGCGGACCGGCUGCCACAACUGGAAGGCUCCGGCUGCUCCGCCAACGACGGCGCCUGCGUGCGAAGCGUCGUCGCGGCCGCGCUGCGGAACGCCGUCGCGGCGGACCCGAUGCCCAGGCCCAAGCCGAGCCUGCGCGCCGUCGCCGACGAGUGGAGCACGUUACCAAAAGCGGUCGGACACGACAAAACUUCAUCGCCAGCCGAGCCGGAGGCACCGCAGGACCUCUCCCUCGAAUUCGUGAGCCCCGCCGAGCACGAGCUGGUGCCGUGCGGCUGGCUCUACCCGCGCAUAAGCUUCCUCAUGAGCAAUCACCGGCGGGCGACGCGCGCGUGGCAGUACUGCGCGGCGGUCGCCGACGCGGACGGAAGGCGGCUGACCCAGCGGUGCGCGCCCUUCGGCACGAACUCGCUCCACGGACAUCUGAUAGAAGAAGCGGGAAAUUACACGUUAGAGGCCUGGAUCUUCCACACGGAGCUGGGAGGGACGAACGUGUCGCGGCGGCCCUUCGCGUGUGCGUUCGUGGACCGCGUCGAGGAGACUCCAUUACCAGAGGUGCCUCCGUUGGACUGCGACCGGAUGUUUUCAAAUGAGACGGGCCUCGGGCAUUUGCGGCGGGCGGAGCGCGACGGCGGCACCCUAAGUUUCGCGACGAGCGACGGCGAACCUCGACCGAGGGAUCUCGUGAUCGGGCUGCGACUCGCGCCGCGGACGCGGGAGCGGGCGAUCACCAAAGGGAUCGCGUCCAGCGACGAAAACUUCGAGCCGCCCGCCUUCCACGCCGUCCUCGCGCUAGCAGCAGCGCUUUCGACGCUGCCGGAGAGACAGCAAGCGAGGACGCGCGUCGUGCUGCUGCCGAACGGUUUUGCCAAUAACGGGGUGAAGGGUAUGAUAGCGGCCACCGCGAUCGAAUCCAAUGCGCCCCGCGUCCGCGUUGACGUCGUACAAAAUUGCCCGGAGGGGAACGCCGCCUCCUUUAAGCGAAUGUCGGACGCACUCCUAGAAUUGGACGUGGACGACGAGGCGAUCUUGGUAUCGCUCGAGGACGACAUCGUCAUGCAACCGAGCGCGCUCCAGGAGCUCCUCGAGCUUUUCGCGGCUUACAGACCGUGCCUCGCGACGCUGGUGGACCACCCGGUCCUCUACGCCGGCGACGGGCACCUCCUCGGCGUCGCCGACCCGCUGCGGUACGGACCAACCGGGAUCAUCGCCGGGCGACGGCGGCAUUGGCGCACGAUCCCGUCCACCACGACGACCUUCGCCGCGACAAAAUCAGUGUACGCCCCUUUGUGGGCGGCGGACCUCCUCCCGGACCCCGCGGCGGACUUCGCCAAGUCCUCCCAUUUAUCUCGGGCGACGUCGAGCGUUGUUGCGCCGCUCCCGGGAUUAUCAUCGCCGGUCGAGCGCGCGGACCGCUUCACCGAGCAGUUCUUGGCGCUCUACUUCGAUUAUCUCGGCUACGUCCGGGCGCUUCAAGCCGUCCACGACGAUCGGCGGCGGCCAUCCUGAGCUCGUUCUGUUUUAAGUUAUUUGUCUCCCGUGA